AUGCUGCUGCAAUGCUGCUCCAAUGCUGCUGCUGCAAAGGUGCUGCUGCAAUGCUGCUACUGCAAUGCUACUGCUGCUGCUGCUGCAGUGUUGCUGCAAUGCUGCUGCUGCAAUGCUGCUGCUGCUGCAGUGCUGCUGCUGCAAUGCUGCUGGUGCUGCUGCGAUGCUGCUGCUGCAAUGCUGCUGCUGCUGCUGCAAUGCUGCUGCUGCCGCAGUGCUGCUGCUGCAAUGCGGCUGCAAUGCUGCUGCUGCUGCAAUGCUGCUGCUGCAAUGCUGCUGCUGCAAUGCUACUGCUGCUGCAAUGUUGCUGCAAUGCUGCUGCUGCAGUGCUGCCACUGCAGUGCUGCUCCAGUGCUGCUGCUGCAAUGCUGCUGCUGCAUUGCUGCUGCUUCUGCAGUGCUGCUGCUGCUGCAAUGCUGCUGCUGCGAUGCUGCUGCUGCUGCAAUGCUGCUGCUGCUGCUGCAAUGCUGCUGCAGUGCUGCUGCUGCUGCUGCUGCUGCAAUGCUGCUGCUGCAAUGCUGCUGCUGCAAUGCUGCUGCUGCUGCAGUGUUGCUGCAAUGCUGCUGCUGCAAUGCUGCUGCUGCUGCAGACUUGAUAGAAAUCGAGGGCAUUACAAAUGCGCAGCGGCGCCUUUUGCUGCGGCAUUUGCGUUUGUUUAACCAUGGGCUCUGGCCGGAGAAUUCCUACACCGACUAUAUGCAGCGAUUUCAGGCAGCGCCACUCAAGAGAGAAGGAAUGCCUUGGACAGAAGAAGAAGACAAACAGCUGCUGCAGCUGGCAGAGAAAUACGAUGCCAACUUUGGCGACCCGUGGCUUUACUUGAGCUGGGAACUGCAAAGAGAAUCUCAAGAUGUUCAUAAGAGAUAUAUUUCUCUUGUUGUGAAGCCUCGAGACGCGAAGCGGCGUUGCGAGUUCACUCUCACCAAGUGUUUAAAACCUCUUUUCUUUUCUCGCCAUUUCAAACUUUUGCCUUCUUUUCUUUUUUUAAUUCCCAAAACCCUCAACAGCGCCCCUGACAAACCCUUGGUGGUUCCCGCGCCCUUCCGCGCCCUCUGA